AUGAAGCUGCAGAUGGUCCUCAUGCUCCUUCUCUGCUAUGCAGCUUCCUUUAUGCUCAAGGCUGACUGGGAGGAGAACUCACACCCCCUGGAGUCUCCUUGCAGCAAUGAAGAACCCAUGGGAGGAAAAAGCCCUGGCAGCCAGAAUCUGGCCAUUGAUUCAAGAGUCUCUAUAUCUGAUUACAAAGAAUUACUAAAACCAUUCAUAAACAAUUAUGCCAUGCCAGAGGCUGUAGGGAAAUUUAAACAGUGUUUCCUCAACCAGUCAAAUGAGACUCCAAAGAAUUUUGAAUUGAUGUUGAAAACAAUGUAUGAUAGCAUUUGGUGUAUGAUCUUUUAA